UUCAGACUUGCAGUUAAAAUGAGGUAGUUUGAUUAUUCGUUUCCACUGGUAAAUGUCCUUUGCCCAUAUGAUUAUGAAAUUAGGUUCUUGAUGAAACUUGCCAUUAGGUGAAGGAUCCAAUUUAAUGAUUAAGUUGAUCUGUUCUUCAAAACACAUUAAUGAAACAUUAUAAGUAUCCCUAAAGUAUACCUUUUUGUUUUUUGCACAAUGUUGUUGUCACAGUUGUUUAAAAUGACUUCUGAGGUUGCGACUGUCCGAGAGAGAUAGAUUACAUCGAUGCUCGUUUGCUCUUACUUGCAUUCCCAGAUGUCAUCCUCGAAUUUUGCCACCUGAAUUUUUCAACCUGAAUACUGAGACCUGAAUUUCUCGACCUGAAAUCCACCAACUGAAUAAUAAAAACUUGAAUUUAACAACCUGAAUUUUCUUUUAGGUGAAUUCACACAAAACAUUUUCAAAUAUUUAAAAUUAACAGCAAAACAUUUCGAUAACAUCAAAUUGCACCGAGUCGUUUUUCAAGAUCAUGAAUUCGGAGGCUUUUUCAAAUUCAACUUCCGGUGAUAUAAAAAUGACGCCAUACAUUUCAAAGAAUACAGGCGUAACAGAUUGGAAAUAAAUUCGUAGCUAUAUUGCCCCCUGUUGGUCACUUUAUUAUCUGACAGUGGGUGUUUCAUAUAAAGUUGCUCAUGAAGAGCACGAAGAAAAAACACCAAUAUCUUGAGAAACUAAUUGUCUAAUCAAACUAAUGUGAUUAUUAUUUCUACUAGACUUUUGAUUUCAAAUUAUUGUCACCGCUGAUUUAUAUAUUUACAAUAAAUAAUUACAAGCACACCUAAAAGGAGAAAAGAUCACGUAUGGAGUCUAUUCCCCUUUCUCUAUUGACUUCACCUUAUUUCUUUUCAAUAUAAUCUGUUUCUGUACGUUUUACACAGCCUUCAAAAGGCUGAUUUAUCCCGUUUAGGACGCAGGGAAAGAAACGAAUCUGCGACGCUAGUUUUCCCUACUGUGUAAUCGCCUUGGCAACGACAUGUUUAUGUUAGCCGUGAGCUAUUUACCACGAGCUUCAUCUAGAUAAAUAUAUAUCUGUAGCAAUAUUACAUUUUUCAGACAGCCCUCAAACUUUAACCAAGAGUUUUACAUUUCAUUCAUUUUUUUAUGUCAUACACAAGAAAAAUGCCAAAUCGUGUUAUAACCCUUGCUCGUCAGUAGCUAGCUCGAUAGCAAGGUUGGCCAGCAGGACACGUCAAAAGUUUCUCGCAUUGCGUUUUUAUUUCGAUACUUUAAGAUGUUCAAGGUGAAAAUACUAUUAACUGGACCAAGCGAGUGUGGGAAGACAGCACUAGCCAAUUUUCUCUCUGACACAACAGAAACAAUCGGAGCUGAUUACAGCCCAACACAAGGAGUAAGAAUACUUGAAUUUGAAUCACACAAUCUAUCCAAUGGCAACAAAAAUUCAGCAUGUGAGGUGGAACUAUGGGAUUGUGCAGGGGAUUUCAAGUUUGAAUCGUGCUGGCCAGCUUUGAUGAAAGACUGCAAUGGGGUAGUUAUUGUAUUUAACCCAGAUGUGCCCAGCCAUCUCAAGGAAGUCGAGACCUGGCACUCUACAUUCAUCUCCUCACAGGGGUUACUGGAGGCCCAGUGUCUACUGAUAGCACACCAUAAACCAGGGAGUGGGGCUGAUACCACCCGUCCACCUUUAGCCACAAAGCUAAGCAAACUGCCUCUUAUUCACUCAAACCUUGAGGAAGAGCCUGAAGAUGUUCGACAGGAGUUCCGCAAAUAUUUAGGAAAUGUUACUCGGAUGCUAUCAGAAAAUCAAGAACGUGAAGAAAUGUCAAUUAUUACAUAAUUAGUAUUUUUUGAACCACACUAAAUCUAAAUUACACAUGUGCUUUAUAACUUUUGUAAUAUUUUCCUGUUAAUCUGGAGAUAUAAUUUCUCACAAUGUUCAACACUACACAACACCACAAUUGAAAUUACUUAAUCUGGGACAAUUGCACCGGUUUCCCUGAUGCUUUCAUUUUUGUAUGAGUUUAAGCACAGAGGAAAAAGAAUUUUGAAGUAGAGUGGUUAUUUAGUGAAGUGCAUUCUGUAAGGACUGAGCUUUGCUUGAUUGUCUACAUAUGAAAAUCAGUGUGAUAUAAGUGUAACAAGUAUGCAUACAUACAACUUCAAAUGAAUAAAAUAAAAAUGAGCAAUGAA